AUGGAAGAUGGGAAAAUCCAACCUGAUAUCGUAACUUACAACACUAUUAUCAAAGGGUAUUGUAAAGCAGGUAAAACACAGAAAGCACUGGAGAAGCUUCGAGCCAUGGAAAAUCGGAAUGUGGAGCCUGAUAAGAUUACAUAUAUGACUCUGAUUCAGGCGUCUUAUUCUGAAGGGAAUUUUGAUUCUUGUUUGAGUCUUUACCAAGAAUUAGAAGAAAGGGGAUUGGAAAUUCCACCUCAUGCUUAUAGCUUAGUAAUCUGUGGGCUCUGUAGAGAAGGUAAACAUGUGGAAGGAUAUGCUGUGUUUGAGACUAUGUUUCGAAGGGGUCAUAAAGCAAACAAGGCUAUAUAUACUGCGUUAAUUGAUUCUUAUGCGAAAAGUGGAAACAUGGAGGGGGCAAUGAAACUGUUUGAGAGGAUGAAUCUGGAUGAGAUCAAACCAGAUGAAGUUACUUUUGGAGCCAUCGUCAAUGGAUUGUGCAAGUGUGGGAGGUUAGAGGAGGCCAUAGAUUAUUUUAGGUAUUGCAAUGGUAAUGGUAUUCCAGUUAAUGCUGUAUUCUAUUCCAGUUUGAUUGAUGGUUUAGGAAAGGCAGGCAGAGUAGAUGAAGCUGAGAAACUCUUUGAAGAGAUGGCCACGAAGGGAUGCUCUCGGGAUUCUUACUGCUAUAAUGCCCUUAUCGACGCCAUGUCUAAGUGUGGGAGAAUGGAUGAAGCACUGGAACUCUUUAAACGAAUGGAAGGUGAAGGUUGCGAGCAGACAAUUUACACAUACACAAUACUCAUCAGUGGACUUUUCAAUGAGCAUAGGAAUGAGGAGGCAUUGAGGCUGUGGGACAUGAUGAUUGACAAAGGUAUAACACCAAAUGCAGCCUCCUUUAGGGCGCUCUCAAUAGGACUUUGCCUUUCGGGUAAGGUAGCAAGAGCAUGUAAGGUCAUGGAUGAGCUGGCCCCUAUGGGGAUUAUUCCUGAGACGGCCUAUGAAGAUAUGAUCAAUGUGCUGUGCAAAUCCGGACGUGUGAAGGAAGCCUGCAAAUUAGCUGAUGGGGUUGUGGAUAGAGGUAGGGAAAUACCUGGAAGGAUUCGUACUGUAUUUAUUAAUGCCUUGAGGAAAGCUGGGAAUGCUGAUUUGGCCAUAAAGUUAAUGCAUAGCAAGAUUGGUAUUGGGUAUGAUCGAAUGGGUAGUGUUAAAAAACGAGUCAAGUUCCAAAACCUUGUUGACAGAUGA